CGUCUUUAAGCCCAAAAUAAAAAAACUGUCCAUCGACGAUGCAAACCCGAUUACGUAUUUACGUUACGCGCCCUAGUCGUCCUUAGUCCGUAUAGUCUUUCUCAUUUCUGUUCUGGCGAAUCAAACCAAAUCUGAAUCGAAAUCCUACUCAUCGCCACCAUCAGCACCACCGCCAGCAAAAUCAAUGGCAAAUCCAACAAGCAAGCUGCUGAUCUCGAUGCUGGUAGCUCUCUUCUCGGUGUCAUGUUCGCUCGCUAGCGCAGAUGUUCCCUUCAUAGUAGCCAACAAGAAGGCCACUCUCAACAGGCUCAAAUCUGGCGCCGAACGCGUCUCCGUUUCCAUCGAUAUUUAUAAUCAGGGAACUUCGACUGCUUAUGAUGUGAGUCUAGUUGAUGAUCACUGGCCUCAAAAUCUAUUUGAUGUCAUCAGUGGCAACACUUCACAGUCAUGGGAAAGACUUGAUGCUGGUGGUAUCCUGUCAUACUCUUUUGAAUUGGAGGGUAAAGUGAAAGGAAUGUUUUAUGGCUCCCCAGCAGUCAUUACAUUCCGUAUCCCAACUAAGUCAGCUCUACAGGAGGCAUAUUCAACUCCCAUACUGCCUCUAGACGUUCUUGCAGAGAGACCUCCUGAAAAAAAGUUUGAGUGGAGGCUAUUGGCAAAAUAUGGAUCUGUAAUUUCUGUCAUCUCCAUUGUGGUUCUGUUUGUGUGCCUGGUUGCUACCCCCUCCAAGUCCAGUGCAGCAAAAGCAAGCAAGAAGAAGCGUUAAUCAUUGCACCUGAGAAACUAAUCUAUGGCGGUGUCUACAAUCAAACCACUAGAUGCAUGAGCUUGUCUCAGUUGCUAGUUAAAUGUUCCUUUUUCCCUUAGGAUUAAGAACAGUUUUUAUCAAAACCUUCAUUUAUGUAUUAGUUAAAGGGCAAAUUCAAUAUGAAUCAACUGAUUUUUAUUGCUCAUGGUGAAGACCGAUUAAUGUCAUCUUUGGCUCUGUACAUUUUAAGAUCACCGACUGUUAACCAAUUUUGAAAUUCAAUACUUGUUUGGCCUCA